AUGGACACGGGGCAUCACAUGGGCCACGCCCGGCACUUGGGCCCGCCUCACUACGGCGCUCCGGGUCCGGUUGUCGCGCCCUUGUAUCCUUCCAUGGCAACGCCCACGCAAUCCCAUACGCCGCAUGGGGCACCCAAGCGAUCGAGGCCAGACGAGCUCGACCUCUCGGUCCCCGGUAUCGAUCUGGACCAGACUGACCUCGAGGGCAUGCAGCAAACGCCUCUGGGAACCGCUUAUGCGCAGGCGGUACAAGCUCCCACACACCAUCAUCACCGCUUGCCCGACACAGGCCCCCCUUCCAAAAUGAUGCGCCGUGACGGUGAUGGUGAUGGCUUGGACAGAGGCGGGGCUCCGAGCGUGGUGGGUCAAGCGGGCAUGCCAACUCCGGCUCCGAGACCUAGAGGGCCGAAGCUCAAAUUCACUCCCGAAGACGACCAGCUUCUAAUUGACCUUAAGGAGAACAAGUCUCUGACGUGGAAGCAAAUUGCGGAUUUCUUCCCCGGCAGAUCAUCAGGAACGUUGCAGGUGCGCUAUUGUACGAAGCUCAAGGCCAAGACGACGCAAUGGACCGACGAAACGGACCAGAAGCUUCGAACCGCCUUGCAAGACUACGAGAACGAGAAGUGGCGCAUCGUGGCCAACAAAGUCGGCACCGGCUUUACUCCGGCGGCCUGCCGAGAACGCGCAUCAGAGUUGAUGGGUGCUCCCUUAUAG